UAUUCUUUUCACUUGGUUUCGUGACAUUUUAAGAUCCUGAUUCAACGAUCGCCAUAAUUUGCAGUAAAUUUAGAAGACAACUUUCUCUAUACAACUUUUUAUUUAACAACGUUGUAUCCUGCACAUAGGUACUCAUACACGAUCCGUAGCGGAUAAACGAAAAUUUCAAGGUCGUUGAUCGAUUUCUUUCAUCACCAAGACACUAUCAAACAGAACUUCUUGCCCGAAUUCAAUCAACUACUUUGAUACUCCUAUGACACUGCAACAGCAGAGUUAGCUGACCCAAGUGACUUGGAUGCGGAAUUGUACCAAGGCACCAAACAGAAGACCAGAUAUAUUCAAAGAGCAAGCCCAAGGACUGUGAUCAGUUGUAUUUAAGGCAUAAGGCUUAAUAACGUACACGCGUGACAAUGCAUCCAAUCGCAUUUAGUGCAGUAUGUUUAGUCAUUUGUUCGUUUCUGCGUUCAACUUCCUAUGGCUAUAAAAUUAAGGCUGAAAACUACGACUGUUCCCUGUGGGUGAACGAUAACGAUGCACCCAAAAUGCCCAUACCCUUCACGAGCAACGGCAAAAGGUAUUCGAUCAUAUAUCCGGACGCCAAAGGCCGGCUGAACGUGAAGGGCGGACACAGCUUCAAACUGUCGUGCGGUACUGCCAAAUUCGCGUCGGACGCGAUACGGAAGAACCACACGGCCGAUGCGUUGGUCACGUGCGUCGGGGACGACGUACUCGCGUACCGGGGACAUACGUACCCGUACGCGGAAUUCCAGUGCGACGGCAUGCCCAAGUCGGAGCUCCGGGUCACCGACGAACUUUGCCAGUCGGGCAAAUACACCGUGGCCACGGUUGGUUUCCAGACCGAGCGAGCGUUCCUUCGGCUGUACAGCAUGUGCUUCGACAAGUCGACCAAGAACUCGUUGUACUCGUGGUACGAUCCCCGGUUUCCGUUUUACGACAACCACCAGAAGUACAGCAAGCGACCGAGCUUCACCAAGUCCAAGGAAUUGUACGGCACGACGGACGUGAACAAGAAAUACACUUUAAAAGAACAGAAAAAAACGGUGGCGCAAAUUCUCAGAUCGGAAGAACUUGCAGAUAAGUACAUAAGAAAUGAUAACAAACACUCGCUAUCCCGAGGUCAUUAUACAGCCAAAGCUGACUUCUUCUUUGCUUAUGAACAAAUUGCAACGUUUUACUACGCGAACGUGGCCCCGCAGUGGCAGAUCUUUAACGGCGACAUGUGGGCCGAGCUGGAGCAGUCGACCCGGACCAAGUUGGACAAGGACAACAGCUCGUCCAGACACGUGAUCGUCACCGGCACGUACGGCGUGUGCACGCUGGCCGACGUGGACAACGUCCAGCAACCACUGUACCUGGACUUGCCCAACAGCAUACCGGUACCGCUGCUCUACUGGAAGCUGCACUACAACGUGGACUCGGCCGACGGCAUAGUGUACAUCGGGCUCAACAACCCGUACAAGAAGAUCGACGACAGCGUGUUCAUAUGCCCGAACACGUGUCCGGACGGACACCACAACCGCGGUUACCUGGACAACGGUCGCCCGAACAGCGAACCCGAACCGGAUGCCAACGACGGGCUCAUCUACUGCUGUACCAAAGAAUCGUUCGAAAAGGCUUACGGCGAGCUAGACCCGAUCGUGUAUCGACCGCUGAUGUGAAUGGAAAAUCCGAGAUCCCAGCUACAAUGUCGCACACCGCAUGCGCAGUUACCAGCUCCUACCUAUGCCUUUGGCGUCUUGCCGAUGUUGACCCUAUAUUAUGGGUCGACAAGAAAUAAAUGCGUUGCAUGUUACAUAUUAUAAUUACCUACCUAUCUAUUUAAUAAUAGCAAUUAUAUCGUUAAGCCUUUAAUUAAUAAAUUA